GGAGGGGACGGUUAGUACAGUAGCAGUCGGGAGCAGUACAGUGAGGUUUAGCCGUUUACAAAGUUGUUGUUGUGAGGCAGAGACUGCUUUUCUCCAGCACACAUACACACACUUUAACCCGGCGAGGAGGGAGAGGGGGAGAGAGAGAGAGAGAGAGACAGAGCGCUACGGUUAUUUCUCUCAGGCUCCGGCAAAGCCUGUGUGGUCUGUGGAGCUGGGAUGCCCUCUGAUGCACUGUUGCUAAGGAAAUGGACGGCUUGAAUGGAUCGGUGGUCCGGGCUGAAUUCUCCUCCGCGCCCCCUCAGCAGCUCACUGGCUUUCAAUGUGUGACUGUGUGUGUUUACAGGAACCACUGCGAACAACGUGACGCGCCAGCUCCAGCUCUGCACCAGCCGGGCCAGGAAAGUCUUUUGCUUGUGUGAGGUGAAUGAGGGGAGAAAGAAGGAGGGAGCACGAGGGGACCCACUCAGUUCAAUUUCUCAUUUGCGUCUCUCUCCUCCAGUCCAGUGGAGCCGCAGAGCUGAGGAACUGGGGAUUUGACUGGCACCCGGUACACCACCAAGGGAGGGGAGAGAGGCGGCUGGGCAGUGGGGUCGACGAGCCCGGCUGGCGCUGGGUGAAUGCUGCCUGGCGAGGACAAGGGCUGAGGCGGCAGCAGCAUCAACUUGUACAAGGAGCAUGGCAUCCACGGGCAUGCAGAUAUUUGGAUUUGUCCUUGCGCUGUUGGGCAUCAUGGGUGCCAUGGUGGCCACUCUGCUGCCCAACUGGAAGGUCAGCGCAGAUGUGGGCUCCAACAUCAUCACAGCGAUUUCCCAGAUGCAGGGUCUAUGGAUGGACUGCACAUGGUACAGCACAGGCAUGUUCAGUUGCACGCUUAAGUAUUCGGUGCUUUCACUACCUGCGUACUUGCAGACUGCCCGCACCACUAUGGUGCUUUGCUGCGUACUAGCUGCCAUGGGCCUCUGCCUUGCAUCCCUGGGACUAAAAUGCACACGAUGGGGAGGAGGACGGCGCUCUAAGCGGCAUGCUGCGAUCGCCAGUGGUGGCUGCUUUGUCGCUGCAGGCUUUCUGUGUCUGGUGCCUGCUUCCUGGUUCACCAACGAGGUCAUCACCAACUUCCUGGACUCCAGUGUGCCCGAGAGCAAUAAGUUUGAGCCUGGGGGUGCCGUGUACGUGGCCUUUGUUUCGGCAGGAUUCCUCUUCAUGGGGGGGUCCAUCUUCUGUAUGUCCUGCUCGGGGAAGAGGCAUGGCCCCCAGGACAUGGUCCUGCUCCCUCCCCCUGACAAAUUGCUGCUCCAGCAGCAGCAGCAGCAACAGCUGCUCCAGCAGCAGGAGCUCCAGCACCAGUACUGCUCUCUCUCCCCGUUAGACAAUAAGACUGGCUACAGCCUGCAGGACUAUGUGUAAUAAAGCAGCGCUGUUUAUGCUACGGCUAAAGUGAGACAAGCCUGAGGGGAAACCAUCACGGCUUAUGCUACACACUAGGCUCUAAUCCAGAUGGAGGUGGAGAAAAAAUGAGAAAGGAGGGCAACAACUUUGAAUUCAUUUUCCCUUCUCCUCUAUCUUGCGCUUCUCCCUUUUUCUGUUUUGCAAGCACAAGCAGUGGAGGUAUUCCCUAAACAGCGCCUUGGAACAAACAGUGUGAAUGUGUAAGGAGCCGGGAUAAGGUGCUGCAGCAUCGAAGCAAGCCGCUUACUAAACGCAGACAUCCUUCAUCAGUAAAUCACAGAAAGAGUUCCCUGGGGAAUGGAUUAAGCAAAUAAGGAAGGCUUCCGUGUAGAUUUUUUCCCCAUCGCCAAAGGUUUGAAUUGAAAGAAAAAAAAGCAAUCAUUUAGCUGCUAUUUACAAUCGUUUGGUAACCUCCAAAUUGACAAAAUAGGCAAUAUAACACCUGAGAGUAGUAGGUGGAAACCCUUUCAUAGCAAGCCAUUGUAGUUUUACGUAUACUUAUCCACUAGAAUGCUACGUGGAAUUGAUUGAAAUAAAUGGUAAUAUUUUUGUUAGCUACUAGAAUGAUGUUGAUAUUUUUGCCUCUAAAGCAUGCUGUGUGGAGCCUGUCUGUGUAUUAAUACAGAGGAAUGCCUGGUAGAAGACUGAGACAUAGCCACACAAUGCCUGUGCCUGAAAAGAUGUAGAAACAUUACCCUGCUGUAACUGUUCAAAGAGGACUGUCAGGAGGAGUAGAUGUGGGCUGCUGGGCUGGAUUUGAGACAGAAAAUGCAGACAAACAGUUGCCUGCUUCUCGCUCUGCAGGUGGAAAGAUGAGAGAGAUGGAGAGAAAUUAACGGAAAGAGAUUCAGUCCUUUAGACGAGUGGACUAUCUGAUGUGCUGCUUUUCUAUUUCCAUCCAGACAAAACCAUACUACCUGUAAAUGACAGCUACCCGUCCCAAACCAUCUACCCAUUCCUGCACGCCUUCAGACAUGCACACCCACACACUUACUCAUGCUCUUGUGUGUCUUUGUGUGCAUAGUAAACACUCGCCGGCUUUUUGCAUGUGCUUUUCACUCCUGUCAUCCUCCUCCACACUACCAUGGUAACAGAAUUUGGAUUUCGAACAUCUUUAUUGUCUGGGGGUAUGUGCAUGUCAGUCAGUGAUUUGUAAUUGUUUAGAGGGGGGGGUCUUUUUCUCCAGCCAGAAGCUUUAAUCAGAGCCUCGGCUCACAGUGCUCUCACUAAUCCUCUUUAUUAGCCAGUGACAUGAGGCAGCAUCCCUGUUACGUGGUCAGAGGUUUUGGAAAAUGCUUUUUUUGCUAUGGUGUCUAUAGCAUGCAAGUAGUCCCAUAGGGAUGAACCGAUGUUUAAUGGUGCAGUGGCAGCGAGGCAAAAAAAUAAACAAGCAGACAAGGACAAGCUUCUUGAGUCAUGGUGGACUGGGUAUCUGCAAAAAAAGGUUUGAGUCAUUCUCCAUAUGUGACUUGUUUUCCAAGUGAGUCAGCGUAUGCUACCAGUCUGCACCUGCAGACGGUCUCCGUGUCUUAAAUUGCAGCCACUUGACUGUGUCACCAUUCCUCUUUUUUCCUCCCACACUCACCCUGUUCUGCUUGUGUCACAUGUCACAUGGAUGUGAUCACUAACCAGAGAAAGCUGAUGCAUGUUGAAAGCAUGGUCCUACUCUCAUUUCCGCAGCAAUGUUAACGCUUUCACACAGUCAUGUUCCUGAGUGUGUCUACUUUUUAACGAAGGAAAGAUAUUGGAGCAGUAUUGUUUUUCCUGCUUGAGACAGGCCUUGGCAUUGAUGUAUAGAACUGCACAUUCUCUCCUUCUCUCUCAUAAACAUGCAGCUUCCUGGGGGAGAGCAGAUGGCUAAGCCCAGCUCGCCACCUGCAGGCUGCUGUCAGCACGCCAUGGGCAUCUCUGUGGGCACCACUGCCGGCCCUGGCAGCCCUCGAGGGCCAGGUUUCUACCCCACUCUGACUUAGUCAGGUUGCCCAGCACAGCCUAUAGCCGACAUAACUGGCCUCCUGACAAUAACUCACUGCCCAGGCACCAUAAACAAUGCAAUAAACAAGGUAAAGAAUGUGCCAUGUCAUCAACUAAUACUGACACGUUAUGUGUUUCGAGAAUGUGCCAAAUUGUCUCAUGAUGACACGUUUUAAUACUGUCUGGAGUUCUUUCUGUUUAUUUUUUUAUCGCGUUGUUUGUACAUGAAUUAUACAUUAGCAAAUGUUUUAUGGAUUUGUGAUUUGUUCUGCCAGACUAAGUCUCAAGUCAACUAGAUGCUUGUGUACAGUCCAGUGCAGCUUUUGAGGGUUAUUCUAAAUCCUCUUUAUUCCUCAUUUCCCAAAGCACAGCAAGACUUCACUUGGCAUGAGUGUUUCAUUGGAAAGACACAAGUGUGGUAUUUUCUAAAUGAAAAAAAAAAAAAACAACUGUCUGUAACAACUGUACACAAGUA